CAAGUGGCUUCUUGGACAUUUGCUAUUUCCAUCCUACCAAAAUGUCAACAGCCCUCUAUCUGGUUAUUUUGGUACUUGAGUUUCAUGCUACAAUCCAUUGUGUGCCAUCUAGCAUCUCUGAAAGCAAAGUAACCACCUGCCAUUUACCCCAACAAAAUGCCACUCUCUAUAAGAUGUCAUCCAUCAAUGCUGACUUUGCAUUCAACCUGUACCGGAGGUUCACUGUGGAGACCCCAGAUCGGAAUAUCUUCUUUUCCCCUGUGAGCAUUUCUGCAGCUUUGGCCAUGCUUUCCUUUGGGGCCUGCUCCAGAACCCAAACUCAGAUCCUGGAAGUCUUGGGGUUCAAUUUCACAGACACGCCAAUGGCAGAGAUCCAGCAUGGCUUCCAGUACCUGAUAUGUUCACUGAAUUUUCCUAAGAAAGAACUAGAAUUGCAGAUGGAAAAUGCCCUUUUCAUUGGGAAGCAACUAAAACCACUGGCUAAGUUCAUGGAUGAUAUCAAGACCCUCUAUGAGACUGAAGUCUUGGCUACUGACUUCUCCAAUGUUUCUGCAGCCAAGCAUGAGAUUAACAAUCAUGUAGAGAAGCAAACCAAAGGAAAAGUUGUAGGCCUAAUCCAAGACCUCAAACCAAACACCAUCAUGGUCCUGGUGAACUAUAUUCACUUUAAAGCCCAGUGGGCAAGUCCUUUUGAUCCAUCCGAGACAUUAGACAGUUCCAGCUUCUUAGUGGACAAGACUACUACAGUGCAAGUGCCCAUGAUGCACCAGAUGGAACAAUACUAUCACCUGGUGGAUAUGGAACUGAACUGCACAGUGCUGCAAAUGGACUAUAGCAAAAGCGCUCUGGCACUCUUUGUCCUUCCCAGAGAGGGACACUUGGAGUGGGUGGAAGCAGUGAUGUCAUCUAAAACACUGAAGAAGUGGAACCGCUUACUGAAGAAGGGGUGGGUUGACUUGUUUGUUCCAAAGUUUUCCAUUUCUGCUACAUAUGAUCUUGGAGUUACCCUUCUGAAGAUGGGCAUCCAGGAUGCUUAUGCUGAAAAUGCUGAUUUUUCUGGAUUCACAGAGGACAGUGGUCUGAAACUUUCCAAUGCUGCCCACAAAGCUGUGCUGCACAUUGGUGAAAAGGGAACCGAAGUUGUAGCUGUCCCUGAAGUCAAACUCUUGAAUCAGCCUGAAAAAACUCUCCUUCACCCUAUUAUACAGUUUGAUAGACCAUUCAUGCUAAUGAUUUUGGAGAAAAGCACCAGGAGCAUACUCUUCCUAGGAAAAGUUGUGAACCCAACAGAAGUGUAGUUGGGAAAGAGGCCAUUGGUUAAUUGCAUGUGCAUAUUACAAUGGAAAAUAAAUAAAUAAGAAAGCUUUAUGUGAUUGAUGUGAGCUUGAACUUACCUUCCCUUGUGCAUUGGUAGAGAUUGGAUCCUGGCAGAACUGCAUUGGUUAUGGAGGAGGCCAAUUCUGUGGCCAAACAUUCAGAUAGUCAAUGAGUGACUUAUUAUCCAAACUAAGGGAAAGCUCUAUGUUAGUAUAUUUUUUCUUAGUCAAAAUUCUCAUCAAUUAGCUAGCUCUAAGAAAUUUGACUGAGCUG